CUCACUGGUGUUCUUCGUUUGUGUUGGGCGCUUCUGUGCAUCCUGGGGGGGGCACCCCUGGACGCGUGUCUUGGCCGGCGGCGGAGGGUCUCGUGCUCUCGAGGGACGUUCUGCUGGCCCAGGUCCGACUGCAGGCGGCCAUCCUGGCCCCACCUCUCCUCGGCAGUGACCACCCGGUGUCAACGCCGCCCAGGGAGCGUGCAGCGUCUGUGCCUCCCAAGGAGUCCGCCGAGGCGGAGGACGAGAAGAAGAAUGCCCAGAAGGAUUCGGGGGCGAGGCCAAGGCGGCGCAGGUGCGCAUGCAGGGCGCCAGCCUCGAGGUCCCAGAGGCCAAGCCAGGUGCCGCCAGCCCGCUGAACCCGAGCGGCGACUAGCCGCGCAGCGCGACUGGACGCAUUGGACCCGGAAGCAGGUCGCCGAGGCCGUGAAGGGCCUCAGGCACACCGGCGGUAGCGGCUGCAUCCUGGACACCGUGGAGCUCCUCGACAAGUCCAAGGUCGAGUGUUCGAUCACCACCAAGAAGGGCGUUCGCGCCCUCUACUACGAGAUGGACCUCGAGGUGUCCUGGAAGGGCAGGGCUGCGCCCCGGCUCCGGCCCCAGGAGGGCAGCGGGGAGCUGGACGGCGUGAUCCGGGUGUACAACAUCGCGCACGACACGACGUUUCAGCUGGGUGGCCCAGCCACGCCCUCCCGGGCAUCGGCGUUUUCGUGUCCCACCCAGCAGGUUCAGGUCGUCAGAUUGAGAGCUCGCCGCCCACCAAGAACCACACCGACCCAACCCGAAGGUCCCGAUCUGCAU